AUGGCUCCUUUUUACAAAUUUUAUGUUUUUCAUAUUUUUGUAAAUAUUAUGCUUCAUGGAAUUAGUCUUGCAAAAAUUUUUGUUGAACAGUAUAAACCAUUUGUCAAAUUAAUAAAUAAUGAAUCAUCAUAUAAUUUAACUAUUUUGUAUACAUUUUUUCUUCUCCUAAAAUCAUAUUUAUUUACAUCAUGCUGUUGUAUCUCUGCUAUACAUUUUUUAUCAAUAUUUUUAAAUUAUGAUAUUAUUUAUUAUGUAAAAAAAAGAGUAAUAUAUAUUAUUGUUGGAAAUAUUAUAAUUAGUCUUAUUCCAUGUUGUAAGGCAAACACAAAGUGA